GUUUGGUAAAAACAGAAACAGAUUCAUCCACAUCAAACGAUAUUCUGGAAUUUGAAAAGUGUGAACUGGAUGCCUGAAAUACAUAAUGGAUGAGAAGAGGACACAGAUCGUCAGGCCUGAUGCCAACCGGCCUUCGACAGAGUAUGGACUGAAAGAUCUGUGGAUUGAAUUCAGCCAGACUACAGGUCUUCAUGCUGUUGAUAAGAUUAAACCUCCUUCACUCAGGCCAUUUACGAUUCGUGGAUUGGCAUGGAUUUUGGCCUUGUGUUCAACUACGGGGUUUCUCGUCUAUAACCUUGUGGGCGAGAUAGGAACCUACUACAGCUACCCAACCGUCACCAAGAUCACACCCCAAAUCAAACAUGCAAUAGAUUUCCCUGCCGUCACCAUCUGCAACAGAUGCACCUUCAACAACACUCGCCUUGAGGUUUACCCAGAGAUGGAGAACUAUUUUUUCAAUAUUUCUCAAGGAAGGGAGACGAACGACUCAUUUUCUCAUCUAACUUCAGAUGUGUUUCAGGCACCGUUGUCUUUAGAAUGGUUGAGGAACAUGUCAAUGGAAGGAUCCAAAAUGUUGUUUAAUUGUGUCUUUGGCGGUGACAUCUUUGAUUGUAUGACCGAGUUCCGACCUAUUUUCACUUAUGAGGGGUUGUGCCAUACCUUCAACGUCAAUGCCAGUAAAAUUGCGUACACGGCAGGUGACGACGCAAACCUCAUCGUCACAUUCGACAUCAACCAGAACGACUACACCUUCAUCAGAAACAGGGCAGCCGGGAUUAAGGUAUUUCUCCAUCAUCCGGACGUCCACCCAGACGCUAGCUCUAUUGUGGUGAUGGCUGCACCCGGGUUCUCAACAUAUGUUGCCAUACAAAAAAUUCAGUUUCUUUACCAGACCCUCCCGUACAAAGCAUUUGAUGACACUAAUUGUCUGGACACAGACAGUCCAGAUUUUUUUAAUCCUCUGAAAAUCUACUCUCUCUACACUUACGACCACUGCUUGAUGGAGUGUGUUCAGCUGAAGGCAUUUAAGCAGUGUGGAUGUGUCGGACCUUACGUCCCAUUGGAUGAUCUUCGGUGCUCUCUAGUGCAGCUGGAUACUUGUUACAAUCCUGCUGUUAGAUCGUUGUCCAAGAAUGGCACCUUCGUGAAGGAGUGUGAGUGUGUCAGCGAGUGCGUGUUCGACAGGUACACGGCCCAGGUGUCCUCCAGCUCCUUCCCUGCAGACAAAUGGGAAUCCACUCUUCUCAACAACACGGGGGCAAAGGACAGGACGAGUAUGGAAUACAACUUUCUGCAGCUGAAAGUGUUUUACGACCAGAUGAUGGUGACAUCCAUCACACAACAACCCCAAUAUACCGCGGCUUCUCUGUUUUCCAAUGUCGGGGGUCAGAUGGGAUUGUGUCUCGGAGCCAGCUUGCUCACAGUCGCAGAGAUCGCGGAGCUCCUGGUGUUCAUCAUCCUCUUCCUCUUCGACAAAUGUAGAGGAAGAAAAGCUCGUAACAGAAUCAGCAACUGGUAGACAAUGCAUUUUCCCUCACAGGCCAUACAGAAUACAGCUAUCAUGAAGAUAUACAUUUCCACAAUGUCCCAACGCAAGUCGUUCUCUUUGUUUGUUGUUUAAUGCCAACUCAGCUAUAUUCCAGCUAAAUGGCGGAAGGCUGGAAAUAAUCGAAAAUGGACCAGACUAUGAAGUGAUCAAAGCAUGAGCAUCGAUCUACGCAGCUGGAAUACGAUGACAUAUCAACCAAGAUUUACGGGUUGCUGAACUAUAAUAACGAUAGACAUUCUACAAAGUCCCAAUAGUAGGGAUCUGUUGUCUCCUCAUGCACCUGCUAGA